CACGCCUACCGCCGAUAUUUCACGGUAGCGUCCCUGCUUCGCUGUCACUGUUAUCCUGUCGCUUGAUCGGCUCUAGGUCCACAUCUGUGGCGUAUCAUCAUGGGCUCUACCACCACCUCUAGUAGCCGACCCUAUCAUGUCGUUGUUUUUGGGGCCUCGGGCUUCACGGGACAGUUUGUCGUGGAGGAAAUCGCCCGCACGUCUGCCGAGGGUCCGAAGGGGACUUUGAAAUGGGCGAUCGCCGGGAGGAACCGCCAGAAGCUGGAAGAGAUUCUGGAUCAGGCCGCAGAAAUACUCAGUAAACCAGAGUUGAAGUCAGAAGUGGAUAUAAUAGUUGCAGAUGUUGGGGAAGCAGAUGCCUUGGCUGCUAUGUGCAAACAGGCAGUCAUUAUUCUGAACUGUGUGGGACCAUACAGGUUUUACGGCGAGAACGUUGUCAAAGCAUGCAUAGAGAACGGCGCACACUGCAUUGAUAUCAGCGGGGAACCUCAGUUUUUAGAGGGGAUGCAACUUAACUACCACAGUCAGGCCGCAGAGAAAGGUGUUUACAUUAUUGGGAGCUGUGGAUUUGACUCCAUCCCUGCCGACAUGGGCGUGCUGUAUAUCCGGGACCAGUUCAAAGGAACCUUGACUGCCAUUGAGAGCUUCCUGUCCAUAAACACUGGGCCUGAGAGAGCCUGCAUCAAUGACGGCACCUGGCAGUCGGCCAUAUAUGGCAUAGCAGACAGCGACAAGCUGAGGAGCCUGAGGAAGAAAUUUGGCCACGCGCCUCUUCCUGUAGUUGGGUCAAAACUCAAGAGGAGGAACCCCCUGUUCUUCAGUAAGGAGCUUGAGCAGUACGCCCUUCCUUUCCUGGGCUCUGACCCAUCAGUGGUGAAGCGAACGCAGCGCUUCUUGCAUGAAGAGUACAAGGAGUCCCCAGUUCAGUAUGGUGCGUAUAUUGGAGUCGGCGGCAUCUCCUCUGUGGCCAAAUUGCUUUUUGGAGCUGUGAUCUUCUUCUUUUUGAUGAAGUUCAACUUUGGGAGAAACCUCCUAAUUAAGUUUCCUGAAUUCUUCUCCUUCGGAGUAUUCACAAAGACUGGUCCGACUCGAAAGCAGAUGGAAAGAUCCUCCUUCUGCCUCACAUUUUUCGGGGAAGGCUACACUGAGGGACAGGACAUCUCGAAGGGAAAGCCCAACGCCAAGAUACACGCACAGAUUAAAGGACCAGAGGUCGCCUAUGUGACAACACCGAUCGCUAUGGUACAGUCAGCUUUCACAAUCCUCAAUGAACCACAGUGUCUCCCCAAAAAGGGGGGAGUCUAUUCUCCUGGAGCAGCUUUUUCAAAAAGCACCUUGAUCGAGCGCCUCGACAAACAUGGCAUCCAUUUCUCUGUGCUCCAGAGCCCAGAAGCCUGAGAGCCUUGUCUGCCUGCCUGUUCCCCAGAGCCUGAUGCCAACCCCCCCCCCUAUGGAAGCUCCUGUCCUUCAGCUCGUACAACAUAAACAGACCGUGUUCAGAUUUCAGCAUAUAGUGUGAUGACUCAUGGUAAAUAAAUAACAGAUAAUCUGCUCAUUGUUACAUCAUUCAUGUAAUCAACAGGAGUAGGUUUUUGUUUUUGGCAUGGUGUUUUCAGUUCCAGUAAACCACGCCCCUUAUCGUGAUCUCAUCAGCUGGAGCAAUUUAGGCUCACAUUGUGAUUGGCCGUAGAAAACAAAAUCCCAACAGAAAUACCUGAUCACAUGAUCAUGAACUGUCCAGUUGUAUUUUAAUAUGUAGCUUAGCUAUAUUAAUAGGGUUUUUUGUGUGACCACAGUUUAUGGUAACGGAGGUACCCCUGCCAGCAAAGAAAUAUUUUAAUCUUGAGUGAGAACAGUUGGCUAUAGCAAAAAAA